UAUUCAACAAAGAACAUUUAAUUAUGAUUUUGGUUGUGCAGUCAGAUGAGUUAUAUUUUUAAAGACGAUAAUUGGAGGGCUGGUUGAAUUUGAGAAGAGCAAGUAAGAUAUUUCCUCAACCAGCCCUGCUAGUGACCAUGAUUUUCAUGUCAAUUUUCAACCCUGACUAUGUAUAUUGUAUGUAUAACAUUGUUUGUAGAGUUCUGACUGAAAACAUGGCAGAAAGUACUGCAACAGAAGACUGUGAUGCCCAACAGGCCCAGGAUGAAGGAUCCGUGGAUGAAAAACAAGCUGCGGUAGUGAACUACUUCCAGAGCUGUGUAUUCAGGAACGUUGGAGUUGUACAGAUCGGUGGCAACAACUCCAUUCUCGAUGAGGCCGGCAGACAUUUACCCAAGAUAGAAGGUGGUAAGCAAGAUUACACAAAAAAUGACAUGUUUCUGGCACUCAUUACCAGCUUUCUGAAUCCAACAAACUCCUUCAAGGCCAAAGAAAUGAAACUGCUGCUACUGGAACAGAAAUUGGAGAGACUGUUUACAGAUAUAUACAAAAAGAAAACAACUUUUAGAGAUGUUUAUGGUAAACCUCUUUCAUUUUUUAUUGAACGAAAUGUUGAAAAGUUUGACUUGAUAAAGAAAAAAAGUGCUUAUGUUGUAAAAUUAAAGUUGUCCAAAGUCAAAAAAGGAAAACUAUCAACAGCAGAAUCUACAAAGAUGGUUGCCGAUGAAUCAGAUGAAAGUUGUGGUGGAGAUGGCCAAAUUUCCGUAACAGAGAAAACUGGUGCAGAUACGUUAGAGGCAUCAAUUCACCCUGAAGUUCCUGAUGACACUGAUAAAGGUCAUAUCGAUGAUGAAGUAUGGAGCCCAGUAGAAGGGGGAAAAAAAAGUAAAAAGAAAUUGAUGGCCAGAAAAAAAGAUAAUGACUCUACAGGUUGUGGUAGUUAUUGCUUACAAAAGCCUGAUUUGCAAUUUGCUAUAGACAAAACUUUCAUAGAAGACCUCUUGAGACAAGAGAAGAGUAACUUUUUGAUAUUUUACCCUGAUGAUAAAAUAUACAAAUGUAAUCCUCACCGGUUUAUGCAGGAUGUCGUUAGCUUGUGGAAUACUCCUUGUAGACACGAUGGUUUCAUUGUCCUUGGGGUUAAACGUAAUACAUGUCCACCACACAGGGUGAUAGGUCUUGAAGUUUCAAAUGGUGAUGAUUUUUACCAGACUCUGAUUGUGUCAGAAUGUUUUGGAAUGAGACCUCAGUACAAAUAUACAGAGUAUGUGUAUGAUGAGCAGAUUAUUGGGGUCAUCACUGUUCCAAGUAGUCAUGGGAAGGGGUGUCCAUCUGUUGUCAUAAACGAUUCUUGUGCCCCACAUUUUAUUAAAGGACAGUUGUGGGCUCGGUUUAACAAGGGAAAUAAAGUAAUACCUGCAGAGGAUUUCUUUACAGGACAAAUAUACCAGUGGUUUCUCUCAACAGGCAAACCAGCAUCAGCCAUUGACACUGGUUCAACAUUAACAGCUGUUGAAGUGAGUCCAGCAUCAACUGUACAAACUUGUCCAGUAACCAUGGCCAAAGAGUCACAAACAUCAGAGAGUGAGACUAAAUCUUCUUUACCUGAAACAGUAAAGUUCCCACAGCCCCAAGAAUCCAUCUGUGAGAAGAAAACAGAGUUUGCAUCAGCUGUAGAUAAUUUCAAAAAAGGUCAUUUUGUUUUGGUAUCUGGCGAAUCACCCAAUAUAUCCAAACAUUUAGAAAAUCUUGCUCUUGUCCCUUGGAUAUCAGUCUGUGACUUUGACAAGUACAGCAGAGACAGAGGCUUGUUGUCGUGUCUUGAGGAUGUCAUUAGGAAGAGACGGUAUUUGAAUGUCUGCACAUGGAAGACUCCCACAACUAAUUUAACAGAGAGUGGAACACAGUGGUGCUGCAUGAGGGGACUGAGAGAAAUUCCUGACAGUGACACACCAGAUAAUCCUGUCCAAUGGCUUAGGAAAACAAAGACUGGGCUGGACUCGGUGUGCAUCAAUCUGGGAAGAUUUGCUGAGGACUACACUGUCCUCAAAGUGAUCAUUCUGUGGCCAGAUGAAGAAAUAAGUGCACAAUGUAUCUACAAGUUCUUGUGCCGUCUCGAUGAAUACUUAACAACAUCAAAGCUAAUUGUUGUCUGCUUCAAAGAGCCGAAGACAGAGGCUUCGAAGUCGGCAUUACGGUUUCUGAUUAAUGAACAUGGGGAGGAUAUAGUUCAGGUAACACUGCACGAGGAAGAGCUGUGCUAUGAGAUACAGAACAUGCUGGAGAGUAGACAGAUUGGAACGCAAAUUAAGUACACUUUGCCAAAAGAAGAGGGACUCUCUAGUUCCUGUAUUGGGGAUAAGGAUGCUGCGUGGCUGCGUGAAGACAUGGAUGUUCUCUAUGAGUCAAACCCGUACACCAAAUGUUCCACUGACAUAGACGUUCUGGACAAAGAGGCUGACAAUUUUUUUCAUGGAGGCACAAUUCACUGGUUUGCUUGGUAUGAAUUUGGUGCCGGCCAUUUGGAAGUUGAAAGGGAUAUCAUGAAUAAUAUUUUGGAUCACAUCAAACAGAAAUGUAAAAAAGAGUACAGGAGUUUCAUUAUUACACUAUUUUAUGCUCCUGGUGGUGGAGGAACUACACUAGCUCAGCGGAUUUUGUGGGAACUUCAUCGUAGCAUCCCAUGCGCUGAAGUGAAGAAACGAGCAACCAUUGAAGACUUGACAGAUAAAAUAAAUUUCCUUCAUGAGAAGACGCACCUUCCAGUGCUUGUGCUUGUGGAUGGUGAUGAUGAGGUGAGAGUUAAACAGCUGGUUAAAAGUCUGAAGUCUGUCUGUGCUAUAUUCCUGUAUGUUAAAAGAUAUCCCUAUCAAAUUCCAGACCCAGCAAGUCGACCACGGGAUAAUAUAUUUUGGUUGAGUGGAAAGGUAACUGGUACUGAAGCCAACAAACUUGCCCAGAAGUUUGGAGAUCGAUGUCAAGAAGACUCAAAGAAACAGAAGCUGCGUAAUAUGAGCAAAGAGGUUUGUGAGAAAGGCAAAUCUCAUUACGUUUUUGAAUUCGGAAUGGCUGUAUACCUUGCAGAAUUCAAAGGUGUUGCAUCUUACGUCAGAGGCUACAUGGAUUUAGAAAAAAAUCCUUCUAUCAAACUUUUGCCCUGGCAGAAAAUCCUUGUAUAUUUGUCUCUUGUGUAUUAUUACGGUCAGUCUUCUAUGCCAUGUCAGUUUUUUGCACCUCUCUUGGGUCUACCAUCAAACUUCAAUUUGGAUAUAUGCGAUUUUCAGUUUCCUAUUAGCGCAUUUGUAGUGGAAGGCCCAAGCAAUGGUAGAACCAAAGAUAUCAGGAUUUGCCAUUAUUUUGUUGCCAAGGAGAUACUUGAACACGUACUAAAUCGAUCCAACAAAAAUCCCCAAGCAGAAGGCCUAAGCAAAAUUGCCAGGAGAGGAUUGAAAGACUUGUGCCUUGAGUUCAUAGCCUAUGCCAGCCACAAGAAACUGAAGUCCUCUUUAACAGCUUGGACCAUCAUUCGUAUUCUGACUCAGACAUUUAUCUUCAGAGAUAACAAGGAUGUGGGGGAGAAUGAAACCCAGACGAGGAAGCCUUCAUUUUCACAGAUCAUGAGUGACAUUGACAUGGAUCCACCUUUUACCGGCAGGCUGGAGGUUUUGGAAAAACUGACUAGUUCAUUUCCAGGAGAUCCCAACUUCCAAGCUCACCUGGGGCGCUUCUAUGCUUACUGCAGGAGAGAUGAGGACAGCAAGGCUGAAGCAUGUUUCAGGCAUGCUCUUGAGCUUUGUAACCAACACAAUCUUGGAAAAGGUGAAAACGAGAUCGAUGAAGGCAUGAGAUCUACUCUCAUGCACAUAUACCACAUGUAUGGUAUGAUAUUUAAGAGAAAGGUAUCGAGGUAUACAGGACGGAGUCCAGUGGACAGUCCAGAAAUACAAACGCCUGCAGAAGAAUUCAUGCAAAGAGCAGAAAACAUCACAUCUGAUGCUGAAACAGCUUGCAUUUAUUUUGGACUGAGUGGCAAAAGUAAACCACAGGGACAUGAUGAGAUAUACAAUUACGCCUUUUCCAGUGAGAUCAUGGUCCGUCUUCAUGUCUGUGACUUUGUGGAAAGAAACUACAAGGAUGGUGGAAUUACACAGUUCCUGCUCAAUGAGCCUGACCAUCCAGCAGCCAAGUUCAUCCGAGAGACUGUCUGCUCUGUUGAAGAUUUAAUUGUAGAGUGCUACAGUGUUGUGGACCCUGAGAACAUUGGUAAUGAAUUUGCCAAGGCUCUCUACUGGUACCAUUCUCUCUUCAAGAGUCAUUCGACCAGACUUGAAGAAAUGUUUCUUGAUGAUGAUGUCUACUCUAGAAGACUGAAAAUCGCUGCUAUGAAGCUGAAAUAUUUGAGGCAUGCUGAUGGCACUAGCAGUGUCUUCGAAGGUAGCAACAUGUUAUGGGAUGACCUAAAUAAACUGGUUCACUUGUAUGAGAUAAACUUCAAAGAUGCCCUCACAUUUGGAGAAACCAACAAAAGGCAGCUUGAUGGAGACUACAAGGAAUGGCUGUUUGCCAUUCGAAACCCAAAGUUCAAAAUCUGCUAUUCUGUUGAGAAGGUGCUGCACCAUGUACGUAACUGGCAUGAUACAAUCCCAAGCCCGACAUCCAUGUUUUACAUGUUUAUUUGCACAAGUCUCGUUGGCUUUGGCACAAAAUCUCAGAAGGGUAUCAGUGAAACAUUGGUGGAAGCUCAGCUUCUGAAAGAGGAACUCCAAAAGCUCAGCAAAUCUGUUCUGAGACCAAGAUACCCUCGUGAGUGGCUUGGAAAAGAUGACACGGGAAUAAAAUGUCUGAUUUCAAGUAACCAGAUAGUGGGCCACAUUGAAGGUCGGCGUAUUAAAGACUCCACGUCAUCCCUGUUGACAGUGUGUAAAGGUACAAUAUGCUACCCAAACAAGAAAAAACUGGCUGGCUUUAUCGACCUGGAUCUUGGCGACAACUCGGUUCCUGUUAAAACAUUUUUCAUCCCUCUCUUAGCAGACCUUGAGGGGGCCAGGUACGCUGGUGAAAGGGUGCAGUUCUAUUUAGCUUUUUCCCUCGAUCAUGGAUAUGAAGCGUUUCAGGUAACUCUUCUUGCAAAAUACCCAUGUUUGGGCUGUGGACAGAAGACCGAGAUUCUGAUGGAUGAAAAGAUUGUCCUGUGCCCAUGUGGGAGCUUUGUAGAACAAGGUGAACCUGCAGUUGAUGAGGAAGCAGCUGUUUAAAUAAACAUCAGUUUUAACCAUAUUGAAUGGAAUAGAGAAGAAAGGAAUGUUUGUUUGGUGACACCUCAGCACAUUUUUAAACUACAGCUAUUUGGUGUUUAACUUCGACACUAGGUUUAGAGAAUGAGAGAGUAAACCCACUGCUGUCACAUGAUAUAUAAUAAUAAGAAUAAUAAAGUCUUUAUUUAACAUACUGGCCUCUGAAAAUUCCAAUAAUGAUCAUUUCAUUCACUAUCGUUCCUGUAAAUCUAAGUUUGUGGAAUCCAUUUUCCGUUUGCGAACAAAGUCAUAUAUAUAUAUAUAUAUAUAUAUAUGCCUCAAAAUGGCACAAGAGUGGAAAGUAGCCAAGUGGAAUGGCUCUUGCUCGAGAUGACUCAUUGCCAGUGGGUUGCUGUACCUUUCAUUUAAAUCGGUGUUCUGCGACUGAAGUGCCAGAGGUCAUGCCAUUUGCUCUCCUGUCUGGGUAUAAGUGGAAAAAGUGCACAUACUCAAUUCUCAGAGGCUUGACAUAGGCUAGUACAAAUGAAAAGCAGCAAUGGAUCUUUUAUAAGUACUUUCCCACAGACAUAACAGCAGUGAUCCUUGAUGUACCAGUCAUGCAGGGAACAUUCAAUAUCACGUUGCGAUUCUCUACACAAGUUUCAGAGAUCGCUACACAAUUUUAAAACAUAGUUGCUAUUAAAUCAAUUUUUAAUUGACUAGAAAUAUCGCCAAUAAUUUUUUUUAAAUUAAAAUGUUCCCUGUCAUGGGGCACUGACUGGGAUGGGAUGAUUGCAGUGGAAGUGACAAGAAUGGAAGAUCAUUAUAGUAACUCUUCAUGUAAUCGAGUUACAUCCCUUUUCUUUUUACAAGUCUGGGUUUUCUUGCUAGUGCUGUACUGUUGAGAACCCAUCAUUGUCCUUUUACCAAUUUUAACUUAAUAUUAUUAGUUUCAAUUAUAUAACCAAUUGUGAAAUAUAUUAAGAAAUAACACAAUUGUAUGACAUUCUGAUAUCAAUAUUGUAUUUUCAAAACAAGCAAAUAGCUGUAUACUGAUUAUCACAAUAACUUAGAUUGUGUAUAAGGUCUUCAUUUCUUAAUUUUACACUGUGUUGCAUAUGAUUUGUGGUCAAUCAAACAUUUUAGUACUGAACAGUUUAUAAAAGGACAAAUUUUGUACAGUGCAUUGUUUUUACCAAAUGUACCUUCUCUUUGUUUUGUACAGUGCAUUGUUUUUACCAAAUGUACCUUCUCUUCAUUUUAUACAGUGCAUUGUGUUUACUAAAUGUACCUUCUCUUCAUUUUGAAGAAUAUACAUGGUACAAAAUGCAUGUGAUAUUUUGUAAUUGAUUAUUCAAACAUAUAAUUCUUAUGAAAUGAUUAUGUCACUUUUUUCUUGCAUGAACAAUUAUUAAUCUUUAUUUGACUGCUUUUUAUGUUGUCUUCGAAUUUAAGAGAGUUUUCGUUUUCUAUGACUGUUUUGUAACCCAAUUCUUCCAGCUGCCAAAUUAAUUCAUGUUUUCAAUUAUAUAUUGUGUGUACAUGUACAGCUAAACUGACUGAUACUAUAAACUGUUGUUUUAGUGUAUUUUAUUAGAUUCUAUUUUGUAUGUUUUAGAUUAUAUUUUAUGUCAUCACAGUUAAUUUAUACAAUAGGCCAGUAGACCGAUACCAUUUUAUAACUUAACCCAUCCCAGUCACAUUAUCGUGUGAUUGUAGUUUGAAAAUACACAACCAAACAAUAAAGUUUUAUUCACUUUUUUUAUAUUGAGUGAAGAAUGGAUUAAGUUGGAGAACUACCAGUACUCAAAAGUAUGCUGCUCUUUAUGAAUUAUGUUUUACAAUCCUUACUUCCUGAUGUAACCAGGAAUUCUUUGCAAAUUAAGGACACAUAGGGUAGGGUACAAAGGUAAACCAGGAAGGCACCUCAGCAUUUCCGUCACUGUCAACAAUGUCCGAUAUUUUAGGGCAAAAUGGUACGGUAGGAGGGCAACCACUACACUUGCCGUCAUUGCUGUGGUAAAAUGUGAACCCUGCAAUUGCAUUUAUUGGUCACACGCUGUUAGAAACAUUUAUACCAUGAUGUAUAUCUGUUAAAUCAUUUAUUGGUCACACGCUGUUAGAAACGUUUACUGAAUACCAUGAUGUAUAUCUGUUAAAUCAUUUAUUGGUCACACGCUGUUAGAAACGUUUACUGAAUACCAUGAUGUAUAUCUGUUAAAUCAUUUAUCUUAUGUAUGUAAUUUGUUCAUCAUCAAUGUAAAACAUUACUUUUCCUUACCAACAAGGUCCAUGUACUUAAAGGUGUAGACCCUAGUUUCAGCCUGUGAAAAUGGACACUAAGUUUAUUAAUCUACAAAGUUGGAACACAUUUGGAUAAGGUUAUAACAGAGAGACGCUAAAGUCUGUGAUGUUGAGACGGAAAUACUGUCCAAAAAUACACAAGAGCUUGUCUCGAUAACCAUUACUUCUCAUACGAACAUGUGCAAUCUGAUUAAAAUUAUCUCUACUGGUCUCACCAGUAGAUCUAACAGCAUUGUGUGGACUUCCAU